UUUUGUAACAAGCGUGUUUUGGAGAGGCGUGUUGGCGUCUGCUACCGGGGUUUUUAAAAACUAUAGAUUUGGUCUGGUGCCUUUCCUUUUAACUGUGCAAAGUAGUUGAGUGCAGAAUUAUUCGUCCUCCGUUCUCGCUUCCGGAUUCAGCAGAUUGGUUUGGACAAAAUGCCCGAGGGUCCAGAACUCCACCUCGCCAGCCUGUAUGUGAACAGGAUGUGUCACGGGGUGGUGUUCACCGGGGCCGUGAUAAAGUCUGAAGUCAGCAAGAGUCCUGCCGUGGCCUUCACCUGCCCGGCGUACCGCAUCAGCGCCACUUCCAGAGGGAAGGAAGUGAAGCUCACGCUGACGCCCAUGAAGAGCGAUGGCGGGUCCAGGCGAAGCGUCAAGGGCGGCGAGGCGGUCCAGCCCAUGGACGUUGUGUUCCGCUUCGGAAUGUCGGGCUACUUCCGCUUCACCCCGGAGGACGAGCUGCCCAAGCAUGCUCACUUGCGCUUCUACACCAAAGAGAAGCCGCGCAGGGUGCUGAGCUUCGUGGACGCCCGCAGGUUCGGCAGCUGGCAGCCCGGCGGGUCGUGGCAGCCGGAGAGGGGACCCUGCAUCAUGUUCGAGUACAAGAGCUUCAGGGAGAAUGUGGUGUCACACCUGUCGGAUCGGGCCUUCGAUCGGCCCAUCUGCGAGGUGCUGCUCAACCAGAAGUACUUCAACGGCGUCGGCAACUACCUCCGAGCCGAGAUCCUGUACAGGCUGAACGUUCCUCCCUUCGCACCGGCCAGGGCCGUGCUGGAAGGUCUGGAGCCGGACGACGUGUUUGGGACACAAACAGACGAUAAAGUGAAGACGGUUAAAGCAGAGAAAAAGGUGAAGGCAGAAGCAGCUGACCUGCUGCGGCUGUGUCACACGGUUCCGCUGGAGGUGGUGGGUUUGGGUGGAAAAGGCUACGACCCCGAGAAGAAGGACUACUCUGGCUUUGAGGCCUGGCUGCAGUGCUAUUAUGUGGACGGGAUGAAGUCCAUUCGGGACCAUAACGGGAGGACCAUGUGGUUCAAAGGAGAUCCAGGCCCCAUGGCGCCUAAAGAAGCAAAAUCUCCGAAGGCUAAAAAGAGGGUGAAGAAAGCCGAUGACCACGACUACACGCACAAGACAAAGGUUGCCAGAAGACGGUCGACCAGCACAGUGGCCAAAAAAGAGAUCAAGCAGGAAGCUGUGAGCAAAACACCGAAGAGAGAGAAGGACGUGCGGAGCAGGGGAGUCAAAGCCCCAGACGUGAACUCGAGCAGGAAGGGGCGACGUGCGGGAGAAGCUGAAGCAGAACCACUGAGGCGCAGUACCAGAGCGAGGAGGAACAAAGCGCAGUGAAACCAAGACAAG